GGCGGUAAAAACAACUGAGUCAAACCGGAAGCAGCGGCAGAAGAAGAAAGGAAAGCCGCCCCCUGCUGUCUGUUAGCAGCGGCUGAGAUGAGGAGAGAGAAUCAAUGGAGAAGAACUGGACAUAAAACAUCUCUUCAGAGCCACUAAACCGUCACCAGUGGAGGAGGGGCGGAGCUUCCCAGCGGCCAUGAUGGAGGACACAGAGCUGGAGCUUUCCCCCGCCCCCUCUGAUCAGAACAGCCCUUCCCCCUCCCUAUCCAUCUCCUCCUCCCCCUCCCUGUCCCUCCCCUCCACCCCCUCCUCGUCCUGUGGCCCCCCCCAGGCGGUCACCCCCCCUCUGGGUGUGAUCAGUGAGGGAGUGGCGGAGCUCAGCCUGGUGAUCGAUGCGGAGGUGGCUCAACGGGCGUGUCAGGAGGUGCUGCAGAAGGUGAAGCUGCAGCAGGUGGAGGGUGAUGUCCCUGACGAACAGAACGGAGCGGAGCCUGACCCCCCCGCACCCUCCGUACCCCCCACACCCCCCGCAGCUCUGACUGUGAAACCAAUGAAGAUCCGUGAGGAGCAUGUCGACCCCGAGGGCCCGGCGCCUGGCUCGGUGAAGAGCGCACGGCGGCGGCAGAGACACAAUCCCUCCAAACAGUCGUGGCUGCUCCGCCUAUUUGAGUCUAAGCUGUUUGACGUUUCCAUGGCGAUCUCCUACCUGCACAACUCCAAGGAGCCUGGGGUCCAGGCCUACAUCGGGAACCGGCUCUUCAGCUUCCCCCACGAGGAGGUGGACUUCUACCUGCCCCAGCUCCUCAACAUGUACAUCCACAUGGACGAGGACGUCGGGGACGCCAUCAAGCCAUACGUGGUUCACCGCUGCAGACAGAGCAUCUCCUUCAGUCUGACGUGUGCUUGGCUGCUGGGAGCUUACUCCUCUGACAUGCACAUCUCCACGCAGCGUCACUCUCGAGGAACCAAACUGAGGAAACUCAUCCUGUCUGAUGAACUCAAACCUGCAGGGCCGCGAGCUCGCAGGGACCCCCUGACUCUGACGCCUUUCUGUCCCAUUACGUCCCCCACCGCUGGCCCCGGGCCCCUGGGAGGAGACCACGGCCUGUCGCCCUCCAAACGAACACAUCAGCGCUCCAAAUCAGACGCCACAGUCAGCAUCAGCCUGAGCAGCAACCUGAAGAGAACAGCCAGUAACCCGAAGGUGGAGAGCAGUCAGGACGAGCCGGUACGGCUCGCUCCUCAGAGGGAGUUCAUAAAGUCUCUGAUGGGGAUCGGGAAGCGUUUGGCGACGCUGCCGACCAAAGAGCAGAAGACGCAGCGGCUGAUCUCGGAGCUGUCGCUGCUCAACCACAAACUGCCGGCUCGAGUCUGGCUGCCCACCGCCGCCUUCGACCACCACGUGGUCCGAGUGCCGCACACACAGGCCGUGGUGUUAAACUCCAAAGACAAGGCUCCGUACCUGAUCUACGUGGAGGUUCUGGAGUGCGAGAACUUUGAGACGUCCAGCGUUCCGAUCCGGAUCCCAGAGAACCGGAUCAGGAGCACGCGUUCUGUGGAGAACCUGCCGGACUGCGGCAUGACGCCGGAGCAGAGGGCCGGCAGCUUCUCCAUGGUCCCCAACUACGACAACGACGACGAGGCGUGGUCUGUGGACGACAUCGGAGAGCUGCAGGUGGAGCUCCCAGAGAUCCACACCAACAGCUGUGACAACAUCAGCCAGUUCUCAGUGGACAGCAUCACCAGCCUGGAGAGUAAAGAGCCUGUGUUCAUCGCUGCCGGAGACAUCAGGCGUCGUCUGUCAGAGCAGCUGGCUCAGGCCCCCACCACCUUUAAACGGGACCCCGAGGACCCAUCGGCCGUGGCCCUGAAGGAGCCCUGGGAGGAGAAGGUCCGGAGGAUCAGAGAAGGAUCUCCUUACGGUCACCUUCCUAACUGGAGACUUCUGUCCGUCAUUGUUAAAUGUGGAGACGACCUGAGACAGGAGCUGCUCGCCUUCCAGGUGCUACAGCAGCUCAAGUCUAUCUGGGAGCAGGAGCGUGUCCCACUCUGGAUUAAGCCCUAUAAGAUCCUGGUGUUGUCGUCGGACAGCGGGAUGAUCGAGCCCGUGGUCAACGCUGUGUCGCUCCAUCAGGUGAAGAAGCAGAGCCAGCUGUCUCUGCUCGACUACUUCCUGCAGGAACACGGAGCGCCGACCACCGAGGCCUUCCUGUCUGCUCAGAGGAACUUCGUCCAGAGCUGCGCCGGAUACAGCCUCAUCUGCUACCUGCUGCAGGUCAAAGACAGACACAACGGGAACAUCCUAUUGGACGCUGAAGGUCACAUCAUCCACAUCGACUUCGGCUUCAUCCUCUCCAGCUCACCCAAAAACCUCGGCUUUGAAACGUCCGCCUUCAAACUCACCACAGAGUUCGUAGAUGUGAUGGGGGGUCCAGACGGAGACAUGUUUAACUACUACAAGAUGCUGAUGCUUCAGGGUCUGAUAGCAGCCAGGAAACACAUGGACCGGGUGCUGCAGAUAGUGGAGAUCAUGCAACAAGGUUCUCAGCUGCCCUGUUUCCACGGCUCCAGCACCAUGCGAGGUCUGAAGGAGCGGUUCCACAUGAGUCUGACGGAGGAGCAGCUGCAGCUGCUGAUCGAUCAGCUGGUGGACGGAUCAAUGAGAUCACUCACUACCAAACUGUACGACGGCUUCCAGUACCUCACCAACGGCAUCAUGUGACCAGCCCUGUGUGUGUGUUGGUGUGUUUGUG